AUGAUGUCCUCAACACAUGAACAAGUCUCAAAUAUGUCUGUUCCCUCUUUCACAUAUUCACCACUUCCACCGAAGUCAUAUACACGAAUGAUUCGCCUUUUGCCAGACGAGGAUGAGAGCGCCCUAAUCAAAUGUGAACUUCUCAACUACAACCUCUCACAACCAGGAGAGGAACAUCUUUAUGAGGCGCUUUCCUAUGUUUGGGGAAGUCCAAUCAGAUCUCGUUCAAUCAUUCUUGGUGGCUAUAUGCUCCCCGUUACUGAAAGUCUUUAUACUGCAUUAUUGCAUCUCCGAAGCAAGCAACUGGAAAGGAUACUAUGGAUUGACGCAAUGAGCAUAAACCAGAAUGAUGACAGUGAGAAGAGUAAGCAGAUCCCGCUUAUGCGGACGAUUUAUGCACAAGCCAGACGUGUUGUUGUCUGGCUGGGGGAGGCUCAUGACCACGGGGAAAGAGCACUUGAAACAAUUGCUUGCCUUGGCAGGAAAAAGGUUUCAGAGCCAGUACAAGGAAGAGUCCGUGUAGAAUGUGAGAAGUUGCUACAACGAGACUGGUUUCGCCGUAUCUGGGUAUUACAAGAAGUCGGUGUCGCGCAGUAUAUUUCUAUCAUGUGUGGACCCGUUCAGAUCAAUGGACAAAUGUUCUGUGAGGGCCUGGAUAACUUGAAGCCUUCUUCCGCACUCAUGGCUAGAAUAAGCCCGAUUUCUUUUCUAAUUAAAGGUGCACCUUUUCGGUCACGUGAUGGGCAUCUUUCUGUUCCUACACUUUCGAUUGGGGAGCUUGUCAGCAUGUACCGCAACCAUAAUGCAACAAAACAGCAUGACAAAGUCUAUGCAUUACUGGGUUUAAGUUCAGACUCGAAUAGUACUGCGUUGGUCCCAGACUAUGGGCUUCCUUGGCAUGAGGUCUUCAAACAAGUCACGGAACAUGUUUUCCCGAAAUGUUCCGUGGGGUUAUGUUAUGGGUCAGAAACAGCUGUUAUCAAAAACAAAGGAUGGAUCUUGGGUUACAUACAUUCAAUCAGUGACUCAUUGAGGAACAGUCAACAGACUUUCAAAGUUGUCCUCAAUCAAACUUGUCAGAAGCUGGGAUAUUAUGAUAAGUGGGAGGCUGAAUGGAGUGUACAGGCUUCUGGAGAGUUACUUCAAGAGGGUGAUAUUAUCUGCCUUCUCGAAGGCCUUUCACAGCCAAGUAUACUCAGAUUAUGUGCUGAAUACUACACGGUGGUGACACCGGUGGUGAAACCCAAGAAACAGGCACAGAAUAUUGAGGAUGACGUGAUAAUCGGUAAGAGCUGUUCUGAUCAUGGUCUAUGUGAUAUUCUCUUCAGUUGGAAGGUAUCUCAAUCAGAAGAUAAGCUUGAUUUACAAAGCCUAUCAAGUCUCAUUGAAUUUGCGCCAAACCACUAUAAAGAAAAUCAUGAAGCUGAGCGAAAUCUAAACCAUACAACAUCUGUUAUGGUAGAUGCUGCCAUGCAGACAUUAAAGCUGAGAGUUCCUGGAAAAAGAGCACUCGACAACGUUCUAUCCAAGGGUAGGGUAAAAGGCGUGGAUACUACUUUUCUUUUCUCGCAGAGUAACGUCGAAGUCUCCAAAGAUCUAGUAACUGCAAUUGAGACAGCUCUGUGGCAAAAUCAUGAGUUUCCCUAUGCCUGGGAGAAGGUUCUAGCAGUUGCAGUACGGAAUACUCGACCCUGUGGAUUUGUUAUUACAAGCAUUCUCCUGCAGCGUCUACAGGAAAUGCUACCGAUUUCCGAAGAGGUGGUCAAGGCGGCUGCAGCGAACUAUAGGCAAGGAUAUGAGAUCAUGCAGCUAUUUCUCGAGCAUCGUGGGAAUAAGUUACCAGUCUCUGACGAGGUGGUCAAGACGGCUGCUGUGAAUUAUAAGUAA